CUAAUUUUGUGUUAGUGUAAGGAACAGAAGAAGCCAUUAGAGGGUUUUGUCAGGUCAGUGGGGGAUUUUUCUUUGCCGUCGCUACAUCUGUAUGUUGUGCAUAUACGAGCCUGCUGGGUAUAUCAAUUCACACGCAUACAGCCGGUAGAAGCACUUGGAUGUCGCAGCAUCAUAUUACAUAUGAUCGGGUCGUAUAAGAGACAGUAGAUCCGUAUAGAGUAACUGAGGACUGUGCAAAUGUCUAACCACGGACACUGCAAACCGCUGGUAGAGGAGGAGUAUUCUCCUUCGUCCGUGGUGUCAGAGAAACCAGGGAGUGUGUAUGGAACCGCGGACAAUGUCCCCCCAGCCUACGCCGCCGAGGACAAAGCCCCGCCGUCAUACGCGUCUCUGCGGAACAAGCUUCGAGAGAGUCGAAUUGAAUCACAGUCCACAUUCCAGUUUCUGUGGAAACUCAUCGUCCUUGUCCUGUGUGGAACAGUUGGUUACAUACUCAUUGUAACUCUGAUGUUCCUCUUGCCGAUUGCAAUGAUUACUAUGGGAGCAUUGUACUUCCAUCAGUGUAGCGUUGAGCCUUACAUCCCCAUCUAUCUCAUUGUCAUGGGGUCCUUCUCGCUCUUUCAAAUCAUCGUCAACAUUGUCCUGAGGUACAGGAAACAGCCGAGUAGCGGCGAGUACGACGACGAGGCACAAGACAGGAUGAGGCCGUUUGAAGUCCUCAUCACGUGCUUCAUCCUCGGAUGGUUUAUAGCGGGCAACGUGUGGAUCUACCGUACAUACGGCAUGUACCAGUGGACAGACAAGGCCGCUGCCAACUACUGCAAUCGGGAGCUCUAUCUCUUCUCUUUCUGGAUCACCAGCGCCAUCUACAUCAUGUUUGCCUGUCUCUGUUGUUGUGGCAUCAUUGCCUCAGUCAUAACGUACUGUUGUCUUGGUGAUUGAAGGAGGGUUUCCGAGAACGGAGCGAUGCUAAAGGGUUUCAGCGAACGGAGCGAUGCUAACUGCUUUAGCGAACUUUGAAAACAUUGAUAAGUGUCAUAUCGACGAGGAACUUCGUAUGCUUCCUGAAGCGCUGUGCAAGUGCAGCUGUAUUAAAAGUGCAACAAUUCUCUUCAAGGUGUUUGUUCCGUCGCCUUUGACAUAGAGAGUUUUACUCUUAAGAUAUAUCGAAAAAUGGACUGUUUUUAUUGCCAGUGAAGACUUUUAAAGUGCUGCGAAGAAUGCGUUGUUUUCUGCAUUUCCAGGUCUUCUCUCUGAAUGUCUGAAUGGAGAUUUGUAAAAGAUAUUAAACUUGUUAACUUUGCUUUGUUUAUUUUGCCUCGUCUGUUUUUUUAUGAUUAUAUCUUGAGGUACACUAUUUAUCCCUUGUCUGCAAUGAAUUGGAGACCGGGUUAGUCACUUCAGAAACAUAUCUAUUAUAUUUUGUCAUUUAUUUACAUUAACAUCCUGUUUAAUUCACUUAGACGCUGUAAAAUACUCUAAAUGUGAAAGUUUAUGAAAGCCUGAAAGAUCAUGUGAUUGUGAAUAAAAAUGUUUAAUCAGUACGACUGUA